AUGAAGCCAGCUCAGUUACCUAUCUCCCGAAGGAAGCCUUUUAUAGCUGCCUGGAAUGCACCAACCGAUCACUGUUCUAUCAGAUACAAUGUGACAAUUAACUUGAAAAUGUUCCAUGUGAUUGGGAGCCCAUUUGCCAAAGCAAGAGGACAAAAUGUGACUAUUUUUUAUGUCAACAGGCUGGGAUAUUAUCCAUGGUACACUUCACAGGACGUUCCAGUGAAUGGUGGCCUACCUCAGAAUUUCAGCUUGCAAACACACCUGGAAAAAGCUAGUGAGGACAUUAAUUACUACAUUCCUGAUGAAGAUUUCACAGGCUUAGCAGUCAUAGACUGGGAACACUGGAGGCCUCAAUGGGAACGCAACUGGAACACAAAAAAUAUUUAUAGGAGACAGUCGAGGAAAUUAAUUUCUGCAAUGCAACAAAAUGUAUCAACUAAUGCUCUUGAACAUUUAGCCAAAUUUUCUUUUGAACAAUGUGCUAAAGCUUUCAUGAAGGAGACAAUUGAGCUGGGAAUUAAAAGCAGACCAAAGGGACUUUGGGGAUACUAUUUAUAUCCUGACUGCCACAAUUAUAAUUUCCACGACCAGAACUACACUGGUUCUUGUCCAGAAAGUGAAGUUUUGCGGAACAAUGAACUAUCAUGGCUGUGGAACAGCAGUGCUGCUCUGUAUCCUUCCAUCGGUAUCAAGAAAUUCCUCGGGAACAGUGAAAACAUAUUACGCUUUUCACAGUUUAGAGUGAAUGAAUCUAUUAGAAUUUCUUUUAUGACAUCACAUGAUUAUGCUCUCCCAGUGUUUGUGUAUACUCGAUUAGAUUACAGAGAUGAACCCUUGCUAUUUCUUUCCACGCAAGAUCUUGUUAGCACUAUUGGAGAAAGUGCAGCUUUGGGAGCUGCAGGAAUUGUUAUCUGGGGAGAUAUGAAUUUAACUUCAUCGGAGGUUAACUGCACAAAAGUGAAGCAAUUCAUUGCUUCUGAACUAGGUGUCUACAUUGUCAAUGUAACCAAAGCAGCAGAGGUUUGCAGCUGGCAUCUUUGUCAGAACAAUGGGAGGUGCAUCCGAAGAAACUGGAAAGCUUUAAACUACCUUCAUUUAAAUCCUCGCAACUUUCAGAUAGAGAUCUCAGAAGACCAGGGAUUUACUGUGAGAGGAGAAGCAUCAUCUGCUGACCUUCAAAUAAUGACAGAGAAAUUCACCUGCCAUUGCUAUCAAGGGUUUGAAGGAGAAAACUGCAAGAAAAUUCAAACUGUAGAUGGAGAUCCAGGACUGCCAAGAGACAUAGUCUUAUGUGGAGUAGUAGUGACAAUCCAUUUGGGUUCCUUAAUCCUUUUUAAUCCCUGAGAUUUCCAUUUUGAAAAUCAAACUACACCGAGCAGAGGAAUAAUAAUAAAAAAUAACAAAGAUUUUCUCUCAUUUCUAAGUAGCAUGCACCAGAGAACAAUGUGAGAUAGAAGUUGACAUAUGCACAAAAUCUGAGUCAUAGCCAGCAUUAUUUAUCAAGUUAUUAGGGUGAUUCCAAGAAUGCUGCUCCUGUAUGAUAGCUUACCACUUCUUUAUCAUUAAUAGACAAAUGUUAGAAGUGAUAUUUAAUAAGUACUUUAAUAAGUAGACAGUAGAGCAAGGGCCGGGAUAGAACUUCGAGGUUUUCAAAGUAUUAAUGCAGGACACAUUUGGACACGUGCUUGAGAUGGGAUGAUUCAGGUGAGGCAGGUUGUACAACGCUGCCUCAAAGCUCAUAAAAGGCCCUUCUCUCUUAAGAUCUCUGGGUUUUUGUGAGAUCUCAAGACUUGUGGGAACACAAAUGCUCAUGCAAACCUCAAAAUGGCAGACAAGUGAUUAUGAGAUAACAAUGUCAGGCCCCAUCCACAAAAAACCAAAUAUCUCAAAUAAAACAAAACAGAGGGGGAACUUGAGGGGUAGAGUAUGUAUCUCUCUAGGUAGCUUGGAUUGCAGCUCUCAUCAGUCCUAGGUAGCAAAGAUAUUGAUGAGGGAGGAUGGAAAUUGCAGCCUCACAACACCAGGAAGUUCAAUUUCUGCUUUAUGGUCUAGAGACAUUGCAUGCACUUUGCCCUACCACCAUAAACCAUCAGUGAUGCCCAUGGAUGUGGUGCAGUCAAGGCCUAAGUACAAAGAUACCAUAUCUCAUCACAAAAUACUCACUUUCUCCCCCUUUUUAAUCACAAGGAAAACAUCUGCUUUUUUAAAAAAAGUCUUGCUUCCUAAAGGGAAAAAGGAGGAGGGAUGAUCCAGCCUUAAACAAGCUCCAUUUCAGUUUUUAAAAAGAACUCAAAAAAUGAUAGAGCCAUUUAGAGCUGAUUUCCCCUUCCUUCCAUUUUUCUUUCUCCAAAUACAAGACAGUUUAAAAACUAUAAAAUUGAGUUCUCUGAAGCUUCACUCUUCCCUUCUCUCUUUUUCUUCCAAGGCAAGGCAGUUUACAAAACUUGGAAUGGAGUUCUUUGGAGAAAGGAGGAAGGAGGGAAGAUCAGAGUUCUAGAGACAUCCAUUUCAGGAUUUUUAACUGUUGGAAGAAGGAGAAAGGAGAGAAAAGUGAAGUUUCAGAGACCUCAGUUUUGUAGCUUUUAAACUGCCUAGCCUUCAGAGAGAGAAGGAAGAAAGGGAAAAAUCAAUGUCAGAUGCCUCAACCCCAAAUCCUAGCAGACCAUUAAUCAACAGUCCAAGGUCAAGCUGAUAUAUCAACAGAUUUGCAAACAUUAACACUAUAGAGAAGCUAGAUGUCAGUUCCACUCCGGUAAGCCAAUUACUAGAAUAUUCAGAAUACAAGGUUGAAUCAGAAUCUGUAACCUGAGUUCCAAGGUAAGUCCAGGGUUCAGGAACACAAGAUAGCAAGAGUCCAAGGUUGUAGUUUCUCAAACUGAUGUUGCAGCCAGCAACAAGAUGCCACCCCUGAGCUCUUUAAAUCCUAAAUCAACAGGUGUUACCUGUUGCUGGCUGUUUUAGCUAAUCUCAAGGAUUUGCACAGCUGAGACCUCUCUCUUCACAGGUUCAUAAUAGCUGGAACAAUUUACACUUCCUCAGUCUGCUCAAAGGAACUUGCACUUGUUCUGAAGGCUGAGAAGUAAUAGCUCCUUCCAUGGAAGUUUCUUUGAGGAUUGGCUGAGGGAACUGCUAGGCUCCAGCUCAGGCACUGAGCCUUCCACCAAUAUCUCCUCAUCCAUGAUUUUCAAGCUGUCCACAACAAUCAGCCUCAAAUGGAGGUGCACCUAUGUGAGGAAAAAAAAUACAAUUUUGGCACCCAAAAAUGGAGGUGCAACUAUUAUAUAGUGGCAACUAUUAUGCAAUGAAAUACUGUAUGUGUUUUCAGUUUCUCUGCACACACAAAGGUCAUUUCUGAUUGCCUAAUAUGAGGGUUAUCCAGAAAGCAGAUUACGUUUUGGAAUUAAAAAUGAACAAAGUAUAGGUUAAAACAUUUACCAUAUGCAGUUGAAAGCCACACCCAAAUGCCACUUCUCAUCAACAUUCUGCUGGCCUGUUUCUGUUGGAUAAGUGAGACUCUACUGUAUUUGUCUUUUCUGAAAAUUGAUUGAAAUAAAUUCUACAUCUAGAGUUUUUGACACACCUUUGUAUUAUUUUAACAAAUAUUAAAAAUAGUACUGAACCAUAAAGAUUCUUCUCUUGUUAAUACUCAGGGCCCAACAGCUUGCUGGAAUAGAAAGGUAUUACUCUGUCACUGAAAACCCAAGGAAGGAGGGAUCUUAACUUUCUAGAGAGGGAGUUGUGAAAGCAGCCAUG